AUGCCAGGUCCAUUUGAAGAGCGUACAUUUAUUAUGGUGAAACCGGAUGGUGUCCAACGAGGACUUGUUGGUGAAAUCAUUAAACGCUUUGAACGACGAGGCUUCAAACUUGUUGCCAUGAAGUUCAUGCAUGCAGAUGAGGCACUUCUUAACAAACACUACGAGGCCCUCAAGGGAAAACCAUUCUUCAACGGUCUUAUCAAGUACAUGUCCUCAGGACCUGUUGUCCCAAUGGUCUGGGAAGGCAAAAAUACUGUUGCUCUAGGACGUAUGAUCCUCGGCGAGACCGAUCCUGCAAAAAGCCUUCCAGGCACAAUUCGUGCUGAUUUUGGUCAAUGCGUUGGCGCAAAUAUUGUUCAUGGAUCUGAUGCCGUGGACACCGCUAAUCGUGAGAUUGCUCUUUGGUUUAAACCAGAUGAGCUUGUUGACUACAAAUCCAACGUGGCUCCGUGGGUUCAUGCUGACUAA